CGGCUGGCUCGAGCCAGAAAGAAACGAUCGUUUACUUUUGGUUCCGAGUGGAUUCGAAAAGGGUGUUCUUUGCCCACAUGGCAAUAACACCCAACCGUGUAACACUAGUGUGAACUCGACGCAUGGACUGAGAACCUUCUGAUCUAGCCCUGUGUUGGCGACCUGGAGUGACGCACAGACCACCAUGUUGCUGGUAGAUGUUUCCUCAUGAGGCGGAGGAUGGAGUCUGGGGGAGGAGCCGCUCAGCAGACCUACGCUUGGUUGAUCUGCUCAGACACCACACACUCACCCAAAGUGGAAUAUCUAUUAUAACCUCGUUGUCAGGCAGUGCAACAAAUGGAUCAAAGCGGCGACUGAGAAAACUUUUGACAAAGUUUAACUUUAGGAAAAGCUUAACCAUAAAGUGCCUUCGAUCCCCGGAACCUUGUGUGCCAACACUGCGGCUGACAGACUCACGAUGUCUGAUGGUGAUUACGACUACCUCAUCAAGUUCCUAGCACUGGGAGACUCAGGAGUUGGGAAGACCAGCUUCCUGUACCAGUACACGGACGGGAAUUUCAACUCCAAGUUCAUCACCACGGUCGGGAUUGACUUCAGAGAAAAGAGGGUGCUGUACCAGGCCAACGGACCCGAUGGAGCCACCGGCAAGGGGCAGAAGAUCCACAUCCAGCUGUGGGACACAGCCGGGCAGGAGAGGUUUCGGAGUCUGACCACGGCCUUCUUCAGGGAUGCCAUGGGCUUCCUGCUGCUCUUCGACCUGACCAAUGAGCAGAGCUUCCUCAACGUCCGGAACUGGAUGAGUCAGCUGCAGGUUCACGCCUACUGUGAGAACCCAGACAUCGUUCUAUGUGGGAACAAAUGCGAUCUGAGUGAGCAGCGGGCGGUGAAGGAGGAGGAGGCCCGCGACCUGGCCGACAAGUACGGGAUCCCGUACUUCGAGACGAGCGCGGCCAAUGGGCAGAACGUGGGCGGGGCCGUGGACGUGCUGCUGGACCUCAUCAUGCGGCGGAUGGAGCGCUGCGUGGACCGCUCCUGGAUCCCUGAGGGCACGGUGCGCGCCAACGGCACCGGGCCCGCCCCCCUGGACCAGCCCCCCCCCCCGGAGGGCGGCAAGUGUGCCUGUUAGUGGCCGGGGGGCCACCCCAGGGGGCCCGACUCCCAAGGGGCACGAGGAUGAGGAGGCUGGGGGUGGGUUGGGCAAGUGAGGACAAAGGGCAGGAACAGGAAGCGAGCUGAUGUUCCGCGUUGUUUCCAGCGGCCGUCUGUCGGUUCGGAUCUCUGUAGUUGCGUCGUAUCGAAGCGACCUCGCUGGUCGUAUCGAAGCGACCUCUCUGGUCUCGCGGGGCUCCCUUCUCUUUUCUUCUUUCGAGCAACGGUCCGUUUGAGUAUACAUAAUGAUAGCCCUAUUCCAUGUUAGUUUAUGUACUUGGAUUGUGUUUGUUGUUUUUAGCGGUUGAUUCCGUCACUCGUUCGACCGAUGUUUUAACGGUCCGAUCACCAAGUUUCUUUUUACGUUCAUCACCACGUCCUCCCAUUCACCCUAUGCUGAGGCUCAGAUACCAAACAUAGAUACCCUAAUAUGGCAGUUCCUCUUCCUAUUUAAUGA